UCAAGAGAGUAAACCAUCUGAGAAAAAACCUAAGCGACGCGCAGUAAAUUUGCUUUAAAGUGGUAAUGGAAUGGAAUGAAAUGUGCGAAGAUUGUUAAAAUGAAAUAAAAUUGCCAAAUGUGCUCAACUGAAAUACUUUUGAAAUCCUGGUGAAAUUUAGGUUCCUAAAUUUGAAAGACAGUUUUUGGUAAUUUUAGACGCAUAUCCUUGCUCUAAGUAAAUUUUGUGAAGCUCAUAACUAUUCUAAUAUGUAUACUGAUGUAUACGUAUACACACUUAUGUAUGUAUGAUUUGCAGCAUAAAUGUGAAAAUUGAUAAAUCACAAAUGGAUUUAUGGUAAUGCAACUGGCAAGCCAAAGGGUAAUAGGCACUCCGAAAAACAGUGCGUUAUCAGAAAGAACUUUGUAGAAUGGCACCUUUUAAGCUGAAAUUCCGAAUGGGCAGCUCGCGCAGCACGUCUCAAGAGCACGAUUCAGAUCCACAGGUAAACGAAGCGCUACUCAACCAUCAUCAGCACCAUUCUACAGCCAUUGGUGCCAGUAGCUCCACCAUCGAUUCCACCGACUGUACCAGUCUUGGUUCUAUGGGAACCAACGAGCGUAAAUCUUUACUGCCCAACAAAACCAACAAUAUGCGACUAGGAUAUAUCGACCACAGGUUCACAACAAGUAAUGACGUACCGACAACGGAAUCAAACGCUGUUCCUACAACUCCUCUAUCAACCUAUGAUUAUAUGCUAGAAGAGCUGAAAGUUAUCCCCCAUGAUGAAAACACAAUCAACGAUCGCCGUGAUUCCUUGAAUAAUCCAAGAAACAACAUUAUUUUGUCGUCGUUAGAACACCUCGCACUAAAUGAGGAAGUCACCAUUGAAUGUACUGACCCCAAUUGCCAGGAUAAUUAUUUGUGCAACGAGCAGCUUUUGCAACAACGAGAACAGAAUGCAUCCUUAAACGAGUUCAACAAUUUUCAUGAGUUCAUUGAACAAUCUCGAAUCAUAAAUCAAAAUAUUCGUAACAACGAGGUUAACAACUCUGAAGGAGAAGACGAGUGCGAGGAAGACAAUCGUAAAGAGUCGAUAGAUUCUACGGAACUUUUGAUAUCGGCGAAAAUGACAACUUCAACGACAUCAGCAUCAGCAUCAACCGCUCAGGAAACCACUAAUCUAGUGGAUAACUGUAGAGGUAACUGUGAGCAAUGCCAAGCGGAUCACUAUAAUGAGGAAUGCAACGAAGAAUGCAACACUAGUGGCAAUGGCGAAACCAAUCGCGGCGGCAAUAGUAAUGACUUCUUCGAUCCACUAAUCAAUCAUGGUGGAUACUGUAGUGAAGUAUCGCAUUAUAAUCAGGAGAGUGGAGAUAAUCAGCUGCAGGAUGAGUGCCAGCGUAGUCAGUGGGAUACCGAUGCCGAUGGGGGUUGGAGCCAACAUGAAGAAAUGUCGAACAGCCAUAGUCAUGAGCAUCAACUACAACAACAACAGCAAUCGCAAACAUACGAUUAUGAGUAUGGCCAACAGCCAACACAGGAACGCUCCAUCACGCCGGAAAUAAUAAGCAACAAAUCAUCAAAGGAAAUAUACAAAGAUUUAGCCAAACAAUGGGGCAUCACGUGUAAGAUGUCAGACGCAUGCCGUUGCAUGGAGUGUCAAGGUCAUUAUUUUGAUUGCGAAUACGACGACAAUGAGCACCAGAAAACGGAUGGUGGACUGGGUGCCGGCACACCGAUGUUCAUCAGUGAAGUAAUGCACGGUUCUGCUUGCAGCAUUCUCUAAACUCUGGAUCUUCUAAGAGUAGAUAUGUAUGAAUGCUGAAACCACUGAAAGGUCUAAACAUACAUAUGUAUUUGAACACACCUAGGCAUAGUUGCAAUAGUUCAUAUGAAAGUGAUUAUAGAGUCGGUGGAAGCCUAUAGGGAGUAUUGACCUACAUUUGCAUACUCGUACAUAUUUGUAGUUAAUUAGUCAAAUAAUGAAUAACGUGAAUGCAAACCAUUUUGCUUUAAUGCUGUUACAACAGCCAUGCACACAAGUAAAUACAUAUGAAGAUACGAAAAUGCAUUGAAUAUUCAAAAGUAAAUGUUGUGGUUGAAACAUUGACGCACUUGAAACUACAAAAAAAUUGCACUGAUAAAAAUUUUUGUAAAAAUACUAUUUCUAGAAAUACUAUGACAGAGAAGGUAUAGAAAAAAUUUGUACGUAUGUAUGUUUCAUGCAUUUGAUUUGAACCUCCUUGAGGAGGAAUUCAAGGUGAGGAAUUUUUUUUGAGGCAUUGCCACCUUUAAUUCUCUUUAUAUAAAAUCGAAGUGACUAAAAAAUAUAUGUAUAUGUAUUGUUUAUUUAUAUUUAGCCUUCCCGCUUUCAAAAUGGACCAGGUGUGUUAUGUAGCAACUCAAUGGUAAUAUGUCAUGACAGCUAACUUCACCCUGUGUUAUGAAAACUAUGUAUUAUAUAUUGCACAGUCUAAGAACCGCUUUCUACAAAUUUCCUAUCUCUAUCCUGAAAACGUACUGAAAUUUUGGUAUUUUCAUAGGUUUUUGAAAAAAGAACUACAAUACAAAAAAAAUUUUGAAUUAGGUUCAAAUCUUGUUAGUGGCGAAUCAGUUACCAGUUUGUUGACACAAAAACUACUGCCACUCAGUUUUGAAGAUAUCGCGAAGUUUCGGAAUUCAGACGCAUUUUUGUUAAGUAAAAAUCAUUUGCAAAACCGUUCAAGGAAUUUUGAAGGAGAAUUAGAUGUUCUUUGACCGAAUUAUUAUAAUUUAAUUAAUUUUACUCACCAGUGAUAUACAAUUAUUUUUCACACUUCAAUUUAAAAUGUGAAGUUAGUGGAUAUAUUAAACUUCUAGAUUGAGUUGGUUAUCUUCACAUAUAUUAUAACAUAGUAAGUGAAAAGAGUCUACAUAUUUUGAUUGGUGCAGAAGAUACAUAUAAAAGAUAGACUGUUAUUCAAAUUCAAUUUCAAAGUCAAAUACAAGGAAUUUGUUCAGCAAAAACAAGAGCAAAACUUAAUUUAGAGUUUAAAACUCAAAUUAAUUCAGAUAAAAAAAUUGUAAUACAUUAUAAGUAACCAUAAGCAAAAAUUUAGAAGACGUUGCUAUUAAAAAGAAGCCUUAUUACUGAUUAGUCGGCGAAAAAUAGUAUACCGUAGUGAAUCCUCUCCGUGUAGCAUUGCAAAAAUAUAAUAUAUGUAUAAUGCGGUAGCGCCCACACUAUA